GGAGGAUAAGAUGAAGAAGGAGAAGGUGGAGGUCGGUUGGAUUCGUUGGUUGUGGAUACGGUGGAGGCGGACAUGGAGGGGGUGGCGGCAUGAAGUUGCUGGAAGCGAAGAUGGAGGCAGGCUGGGUUGAAGGAGAAGGUGGGGUUGUGAGAGAAUUUAGUGAUAUUAUCUUUAGAAUUUAAUGACAUUCGAGCUGGGUUUUUAGUUUUUAGAAUAAGGAGGUUUGUAGUGGAGUAAUACUCUCUCUCUAUAUAUAUCAUAGAUAGGUGCACUAAUUUUUGAAUAUACAUGUUCUUAAGAGAUAAAGAUGAUAUGAUUUAAAGGCUUGGAAUUUGUUAGGCCAUAGUAGCAGUGCCGUGGAAGGUGCAAAUUUGAAAGAGCAUGAUAUUUUACUAAAGGCGGGGAUCUAAAAGAUUACAAUUAAGCACAAUUGUUUUUGUUUGCGACAAUCACAACUUAGUACAGAUAAAUUUAAUGUUUAAUUAUAUGUACUUAUCUUGUUUAAACAAAUUUGUUUCGGGUUUAUAUAGUUGAAAACAUAGUAGUACAGGGAAUAACUUUCAUGACAUAACUUAGCUCAAGUCAGACAAGUUCAGAAAUAUUGCUUAGGUGGAUCCAGGGAAGCUGGGGAUAAGCUAUGGUUUGAAAAUAAAAUAAAAUACAUAUACGGGUUUAUUUUUCUGGAGAAAUUAGAUGGUCGCCACUAGUUUCUGUUUUUGGUCUUUUUAGCCGUUCUUCACGAAAUCCCGACAUUAAGUGUGUUUUUACUUCCCAUUUCGGAACCUAAGCAAGACAGCAGCUUUGGGGCUUGAAAAUCUUUUGGCUUAAUGCUUGUAAGAAUCUUAGUAAUGGAAGUUAUGAUACUGCCUUUCGAGUGAACUGGAUGGAAUAUGCAGGGCUGAUAAUGUACAAUUACUGUAAGCUGCAUUUGGAGUUGAUCACUUAAACUAUCAUGUUACCACAGAUUUUCUAAGAGUAGAAGCUAUUCAUUUGCAGAAGAUCGUUCACAUUGAGUUUUGGUAUCCAGGAGCAUUGCCCUUAGUUUCUACUGUAUGCAUUUACGUGUUUAAUACAGGAGGUGCACUUGGUGUCAGCAGAUUACUGACCUAGAAAAGGAGCAGUAUAGGAGAAAGCAAUGCAACUUGUGGACAGAUUCAGUUACCUUUUCCCAGAAUCACACGGAUAUUGACAGUGAAGUGGCUCAACACCUGAGGAGGCUUGCGAGGAAAGACCCCACAACUAAGCUUAAAGCAUUAACCUCUCUUUCGAGGCUGAUGCAGAAGAAAUCUCCAGAGGAAGUGUCCCCGAUUAUUCCACAGUGGACACUUGUGAUUCAGGCAUUUGAAUACAAAAAGCUGCUUCUAGACUAUAAUAGAGAGGUUCGCCGAGCAACUCAUGACACCAUGGCUAAUCUUGUCACUGUUGUGGGGAGAGGUUUAGCUCCACAUCUGAAGUCUCUUAUGGGACCAUGGUGGUUGUCUCAGUUUGACCCUGUUAAUGAUGUUUCCCAAGCUGCAAAACAGUCGCUACAGGCAGCGUUCCCAGCACAAGAAAAAAGGCUAGAUGCUUUGGUGUUAUGUACGGCUGAAGUUUUUAUGUAUUUAGACGAUGUUCUUAAACUCACUCCAAAGACUAUGUUUGAUAAAGAAGUUGCUUCUGAUGAGGCGGAAGAGAUACACCAUCAGGUGAUUUCAUCAGCACUACUUUCACUGGCGACCCUUAUCGAUGUUCUGUUGAGUCCUGAAGCAAAACAUUCUUCAAAAGCUAAAGAAAAAACAAUUUAUUGUGCUCAAAAACUACUUGUUACUCAUAAAUGUUUUAUCGGGUUCUUAAAAUCAGCAAACCCUGCUACACGAUCAUCUACAUAUACCGUGUUGAGUAGUUACAUAAAAAACAUUCCCCAGGUUUUUGAUGAAGAAAAUAUAAAUAAUAUUUCCGGAAGUAUAUUUGGUGCUUUCCAGGAGAAAAAUCCAGCUUGUCAUUCAGCAAUGUGGGAUGCUGUAUUACAGUAUUUACAAAAGUUUCCAGAUAGUUGGACUCCUAUAAAUCAGAAGAACGUACUAAAUCAGCUAAGCAAUUUUCUUAAGAACGGGUGUUUUGGGUCCCAGCAGGUUUCUUAUCCAGUUUUAGUUCUACUUUUAGAUUUUCUGCCUCCGAAGGCAAUCCAGGGUGAGAAGUUCUUUCUCAAUUUUUUCCAGAAUCUUUGGGCAGGAAAUAGUUUAUCCCACUCCCUGAAUGCAUGGGUUGCACUUCUCUCAGCAAUUAGAGAAUGCUGCCUCUGGUUAAUAAAGAAUGCGUCAAGAUUUUGUGGUGAUGGAGCAGAUGCCAUUAAUCAUUUCCAAUAUACUAUCUUUGAAAAGAUUUUUCUGAAGCUUUUUUGGCAUGAUUAUCUGAACUUCAUAAAUGCAAACUAUCCCGGAAGACUCAUCUCCAGAGAUUCCACGGAAUUAGUCGGAUCUAUCAAGGACAAUCCUGACAAAAACAUUAUUGAAGUUCUGGACAGAAACUAUCCAAACUAUCCAAUGGGUUUUCAGGAAGAGUGGGGGAAAUGCAUAGUUGAAAUUCUUUCAGGUUUAUAUUCAUUAAAGAUUGAUCUUCUCGUGUCCUUUUGUGCAACAUUUGAAGAGAACUGCAUCUAUAUCUUUAAGCAAACAGCAUCAAAUAAAAGCCCUGGAAGUUUGGAACGAGUAAACCAGUUUUUGUUGCUGGUGGAUGAACAUGCAGCACAAAAAGGUGAGAGUUGGCCCUUAGAUCAUUUAGUGGGACCCAUGCUAGCUAAGUCUUUGCCGCUCAUCAAAUCCCUCGACUCUCCGAGUACCGUGUACCUUGUUGAGGCUGCAGUCUCCAUAUUUGGAUCACGCCAGAUAGUUCAAAAACUUCUUUCUGCUGACGAACAUACUUGUGGUCAUCAAUCUAAAGCAAGCAGCAAAGAACUGGAUUUGGAUCAGUUUCUGCGAUUUUUUGAAGAGAACUUUGUUGCCUGGUGCUUGCAGGAAAGUAGUUACUCUACAAGUGCUCGCUUAGAUCUCCUUCUGGCAUUGCUCGAUAAUGAAUGUUUAACUCAGCAAUGGGAUGUUAUUAUAAGGCAUGCAGCAAGUUUUAGUCAUGUUGAAUCUGGUACUCAUACUCAGGAUUCCAAGCACAUUGCUGUGUUGGCCUUGCUUCUAGAGAAAACUAAUCAGACAAUUAAAAAGAGGAAACUGGGAGUAGAAUUGAUCAGUCAUCCAGGACCGCAACCUGAUUAUUGGCAUCAUCAGCUUCUAGAUGCAACUGCCAUCACAGUUGCACGCUCAUGUCCUCCUUUUGGAAGUUCCGACCCUCGAUUUUUAUGUGCUGUUCUUGGUGAUUCAAUAGUGGGCGAUCGAACCAUCUUUGUGGCAAGAGAUACAUCAUUCUUGAUAUAUAAUGAGCUUCUUAGGAAGCUGCUCUCAUUUAUCGGAGAUUCUAGCUUUAUAUCUGUUAGGGAUGUACGUAAAUUGUUAAUUGCUGAAGAAUGUGAUUUUAAACAUGGAUUUGAAUCUUCAGAGGAUGUGCUUGCAAUGGCUCAAUUCUCUUUAGAUGUUCUUGAAGGUAGCUUCUUCGGCUUAAGUAUUUUUACAGAGGAAAGUGAGCUAGUUUCAAGCAUUUUAGCUGCUAUCCUUGUGAUUGAUUUCGAAAGUAGCUUAGCAGCAGUAUUUCGUGAGGAGCAAAAUGAUGAAUCAAAGCAAGAACUCAAUGCCAGACUAAGUUUCUGUCAGCGUGUGCAUGCUUUUCGGUGCAAGGUAGAGAAACAGUUCUGCAGAAGCCUAAGCAUUAAUAACAAGAAGCGUUUAGAAAGUGUUUUGGUUCAAUUCGUCAUGGGUUCAUUGUUUGAAGAAGUAAUGUUAGAGAUUGAUCAGAUUGCACUGUUAUGCUGCGUCUGGAUACUUGAAAUUCUGGAAAUUCUCUCUCAAGAUCAAGCGGAGGAGCAAUAUAUAUUAGACCAGUUUUUAAAUGAGGGUAAUAUUGGGUCUCUGCAGAUCUUACCUGUAAAUUUACAAGAACUCAAGAAUCUAAAGUUUAUUGCUCUAGUUGAACAACUCAUAAACAAAUUGGGUUUUGAUAGAGUUUUUGCAGCGCAAAUUUCACCAACUUUGCCUCAAAGUGUUGAACUGACCGUCAAAGUCAUGUCACCUGAAACACAUCACCAACGUGCGUGGCUUGCUGCCCAAAUGUUAUGCACGUGGAAAUGGCCAGGUGGUAGUGUCUUGAGCUCGUUCUUUCCUCAGUUAACUGCCUACGCAGAGCAUGAUAAUAAUUCCUCGGGGGGUUAUCUGUUGGAUUCCAUAGUUGACAUUUUGCUUGAUGGCGCUCUUUCCCAAGAAGGCAUCUGUGAAUCAAGUGCAUGUGAUGUAUUGGCUGCUUCAUGUGAAGAAUUUGAGAGUAUCAGUGAGCCCCAUUUGAAAGCUCUUGUUUCGUUGUUUAACACCCUUUUUGAAAAGAAUAUAUGGGGUGCAGAAAAGGCUGCAUUUUACUUUAAAGUACUCGUGGAUAGACUUUCCAUUGGCGGAUCAGUGAAUCUGCAUUGCUUAAAAAUACUUCCCCCAAUUAUAGGUAUCAUUAUAAUCCCACAAUGCAUGUUUUGUGAUGAAUCCAGUGUUGGUGUCAAAUCUGAUUCUUUCGAUGGCAUUCAACUUCAUAACACGGUUGAGGAUUGGCUCCAAAAGACCUUGUCUUUGACUUCUUUAACUGCAUGGCAAACAGAUAUGGACGACUGGCUUCAGCUAGUUAUAUCCUGUUACCCCUUGAAAAACGUUGGAGGAACUCGACCCUUGAAACCUGUGAGAGAUAUUAGCUCUGUGGAGAGAGCUCUCCUAGUUGAAUUAUUUAGAAAGCUGCGGCAUAUGGUUAGUGCGUCACCUGCAACAAAGAAGCUGCCAAUGGUGCAGAUGUCAUUGUCAAAGUUAAUAGUGGUUUUAGUGGGAUACUGCUGGAAUGAACUUAAAGAAGAUGAUUGGGAGUUUUUGUUGUAUCAGUGUAGAUUGUGGAUUGAAGCAUUGGUUGUGAUGAUGGAGGAGAUGUCUGAGGAUGUAGAUGAUGCCAUCACAAAUCAAUCUGAUUCUAACAACUUGGAAGUUAUUAUAGAGAAACUUAAGCAAGCUGUUUCACUUGUAAAACUUUCUGCUACGAAAUAUGCAAGGAACGCACUGGUCUCAUUCUCUAUCUUUUGUAGGCUUGUUAAACUACACAUGACAGGAGAUUUAGAUGCCUCGACAACCUUAAAAAGUGAUAAAUGGGACCUCACUAUGCACCGUAUAUACGAAGGUAUACUUCGUAUAUUCUUUUCAACCGGUGUUGCAGAGGCCAUUGCAAGUUCAUAUCAUUAUGAAGCUUCAUUAAUCAUAGCUUCGGCUCGGCUUGUUCAUCCUCACUUCUGGGAGCUAGUUGCCUCCCAUGUUGUUGAUUCCUCUCCACAUUCUAGAGAUAGAGCUGUUAAGUCAGUAGAAAUGUGGGGGCUGAGUAAAGGACCCAUAAGCUCAUUGUAUGCGAUUCUGUUCUCCUCUAAACCAGUUUCUUGCCUACAGUUUGCUGCUUAUGUCAUGCUCUCAUCUGACACUGUCUUACACAUGGCUUUUGUCAAAGAGAACCCAUCACCUCCAGUUGAUGAAGGUACAACCGAUACCCAUGACAACACUCAUCUUACGUCAUCUUCAGAAGAUAAUGAUCUCUUGAGAGAGGAAAUUUCUUUCAUGUUAAUAGGAUCACCCCGUGACAUUCUUGAUAGCGAUUUGAUGUCAGAAAAACGGGUGAAUGUGUUUCUUGCUUGGUCUUUGUUUCUUUCAUAUUUAUUGUCCUUACCAUCAUCAUCUCCGGCUAGAGAGCGAUUGGUUCAACAUAUAAAAGAUUUUGCUCAUCCAGCUAUAUUAGAUUGUCUCUUCCAUCAUAUUCCUUUAGAGUCCUGUAUGCCUCGUGGCCUCAAAAAGAAAGAACUCUCUGCUGUGUUAUCAAGUAUUGGACCUGCAGCAGCAAGUGCCAUCACCACAGGGUCAGCUAUGUCAGGUGUGGAAUUGCUCUGGCCCUUGGGGCCAGAAACAAUGGCAAAACUUGCUUGUACAGUAUUUGGAUUGAUGCUUUGUAUUCUUCCAGCUUAUGUAAGGGAGUGGUUUGGUAAUAUACGCAAUCGCUCUACAUUAAAUGCAGUAGAGUCUUUUACAAGAGUUUGGUGUAGUCCUCCCCUCAUAACAAAUGAGCUUUCUCAGAUCAACAAGGCCAACUAUUCUGAUGAGAAUUUUUCGGUGGUUGUAAACAAAUCAGCGAAUGAGGUGGUUGCUACCUAUAAAAAGGAUGAAACAGGAAUGGAUCUAGUAAUUCGCCUUCCUGAUUCCUACCCAUUAAAAUUGGUGAUUGUUAACUGUACGAGGAGCCUUGGCAUAAGUGAAGCAAAACAGAGGAAAUGGGAGAUGUCAAUGAUGUCAUUCGUUCAAAACCAGAAUGGAGCUUUGGCGGAAGCAAUACGUAUAUGGAAGAGCAAUUUUGACAAGGAAUUUGAAGGUGUCGAGGAGUGCCCUAUCUGUUACAGCGUUGUUCACACUUCUGACCAUAACCUCCCUCGUCUUGCUUGUAGAACUUGCAAGCACAAGUUUCAUUCAGCUUGUCUAUACAAGUGGUUUUCAACUUCCCACAAGUCAACUUGCCCACUGUGCCAGUCUCCAUUUUAAUCUUUUGAGGAAGGAUGGGAACUAUGCAAGUGAGGAAAUCCUUCAUAAUUUUGGCAGCAAAAUACAUAUAUGUUUCUUUAUGUUUAGGCGGUACUGUGGGGGUGUGUAAUGUGUACAUGUCUUAGGAUAUAAACAUAUCAUUACAAUCGAGGGUAAAUAUGUUUGGCUCAUUGAAAUGUAGGAUCAGUCUUCUGUUAAUGAGAUUUGAUAGAAACCACAUGUUACAGACCUGUGUUACAGAUUUUGCACCCAUUUAAGUUAUUUUACAUCAAAGUACCUGCUGAAACUGUCAGUUGAUCCUAGUUCAACUGAACAUUCUGGCAAACAUAAUAUUCAAAUAUUGAAGAAAUUUAGAAUUA